UUAGAGUCGACUAAACAUGGCGUCUUCCCUGCUGGCCGGCGAGCGGCUGGUGCGCGCUCUGAGCCCCGGCGGGGAGCUGGAGCGGGAGCAGCUGCCCCAGAAGCUGCGGGCCGAGCUUGAGGCCGCGCUUGGAAAGAAAGACAUGGGCUGUGAAAGCCGCAGUGGGUCCGGAUGCCUGGUUCCCUUCCGUCUGAUCCGGGAUCUCCAUCAGCACCUGAGAGAAAGGGACUCCACAUUAUACCUUCAUGAGCUCCUCAAAGGCAGUGAAAUUUAUCUCCCAGAGGUUGUGAAGCCUCCCCGGAGUCCAGAGUUAGUUGCCCGGCUGGAGAAGAUUAAGAUACAGCUGGCAAAUGAGGAAUAUAAACGGAUCACCCGUAAUGUCACCUGCCAGGAUUCAAGACAUGGUAGAACUCUCAGUGACCUGGGCAAGCAAGUCAGGUCAGUAAAGGCUCUGGUCAUCACCAUCUUCAACUUCAUUGUCACGGUGGCAGCUGCCUUCAUCUGCACUUACCUUGGAAGCCAGUAUAUCUUCACAGAAAUGGCUUCGCGGGUGCUGGCUGCAUUAAUCGUCGCCUCUGUUGUGGGUCUGGCUGAGCUGUAUGUCAUGGUGCAAGCAAUGGAAGGCGAGUUCGGAGAGCUGUAACUGGUGUUUUCAUCAUCAAAGUCUGGAGAUUUGGGGAGGCCUCCUUCCCACCUGCCAAUCACUGACUCUCAGUCAACCCAUCAGGAUCGUUGUACUCAGCUCCUGUUAGUCAGAGAACCAGGCCAAGCCACCUGCUGUUCCAGAAGGAACAGAGGAGGAAACUCAGGCAACACAUCUUUCAACUGGAGAACUGGUCCGUUGGUACCGUCUCCUGAAUCCAGUGCCCCAUCUACCUCCUCUAGUCCAUUCCAGGCACUGUUGGGGCUGAGGUUUUCCCAUCAGGAAUAAAUGGAAUCCAGGCCUUUCCAGAAAUAGACCAUACUGUCUUCAACUUGUCCAAGCACAUAAAUCAAAUGUCAUUGUUUGUCCACAAGUCUUUGAGGUGGACCUGUAAUUUAGGUCAGAAGCCCCCAAGAAGACAGAAAGAAUCCCCUUUCUCCAGUUUGUACUGGAAGAGGAACUAAUCAGAUAACAUCAAACAAGAGAAAGGGGUUGGUACAGGAUGGUGGAACUGGAAAAAAGGAAUCUGCCUGUUUGGAAUUUUAGUUUCAAUCUUCAUCCUCCUCUUCCUUCUCCUAGCCCUUUUUUGAGUUUCUGUAUACUUCUGCCUGUCUCUAUCACUCACCAACCCUUCUUCAACUUCUUAGUUCCCUAUCACCCUUUGCUCUGCCUCCAAAAAAGAAAAACAAUCCAGAGGCAAAACACUAUGUCUGCUUUUAAUUGCAAAAUUCCUUGUAUUUGUGUUUGGGGGUAGUGUGACUGCUGUGGAUUGUCUCAGCCAAUAAAGGGGGACAUUCUUUGUAGACAGGGACUAUUUUCACAUUUAAUGAUGUAUGUAACUAUAUAUGAAUAUGAGUAUACAUACACAUAACUGUACAUUUUGUUAUAUAUUAGCCUAAUGCAGGAUAUUUCAUGUGGGUUCUUAAACAAGUUUGGGUUGAGUGCAAAAAAUAAUACGUAAAUGUUCACAGUUAGGACUCUUUGUUUUACUUGAUUGUCUUUGGUCUUCACAAGAAUCCUGGAGGUUGGAAAAGGAAAUGAUAUUAGGCCCCUUUUCCAGAAGACAAAGCUGGGACUGGGAGAAAGCAAAUGAGCAGCUUGUGAUCUUUCAUCUGGUAAAUGGAGCCCAGGACUCCUAGGUUGCCCUGAAUUCUCUGUGUAAUGUUAAACUCCUAAGAACUUAGGUUAGUGGUGUCAUGAUACAAUUGUGUAAAGCACUUAAUAGGAUAUCAGUAUUGGUUAUUUAACCUAAUAAAUAUUUAUUGUA